AUGUCGAUAAAAGUUCCGUUCCGCAACAUCGUCUCCACGCAGGAAAGUGUAGGAAUCCUCCGAACGCAACUCCUCGAAGCCGAUCAGGAACGGCUUGCCGAGUCGAUCCUUCUUCGAGUGGUCGUCUGUGAGAAGAAUGAUUGUCUCGGGUCUGAUGUUCUUGUGCACGAAGUGAGAAUUGUGAAGGAAUAUGAGGCUUCUCGCCAGCGAGACUGCCAGAUCAAUCCGUUCACUCAGCAAGCCAGGAGGUGCACAAUGCGGGGAUCCAUGUCGGCGAAUUUCCGAGCAAGAUUGCGAACAUCUCUCUUCGACGUGGAUCAUUAUCGACCAAGACGUGCUCCUACUGUCCAUCCGCCCUCUUCCGUACGGCCAGCACUGCCUCUGAGUAGCGAAUUGAGUCCUCGUCUAGAAAAUUAA